AUACAAAUUCACGUCGGCAAAAAAGUCCGGAGUCCGGAAAAAUACAACGCGAGCAGCAGCGGUGCAAAAGCAGUAAAUUUACUUUAAACACUUUUCGUGGUGGGAAAAGUAAUAAUUUCCAACAAUUAAUUUGAAAAAUUAAAAAGAUAAUUGUAAUAAUAAAUUAUUAAACAAUUUUGGUCACCGUUAGUAAGCAGUCAACAGCAAAACAAUAGUAGUGUCCGCGUAUACUCAGUUCGAAAAUAAACACAAAAAACAAGAAUUAAAUUUUCAAAAUUCACACAAUAAAUUAAAAAUUGCAGUAAAACAACAAAAGUGGAGCAACAAGAAAAUUGACAACAAAUACAACGUAUGUAGUUCGCAGUCUACAGCAGCCACAACAUCAACAACAAACAGCAGCAGUCUGGAAUUUUAUUAAAAAUAAUUUUAUUAAUAAAAUAAUUUUAAUAAAAAACAACUUCUACGCUACAACAAAUAAUUUUCAACUAGAAAUAUAUAUAUUUUUUUAAUUUAAGUGAAUUCAAUUUAAGCUAUUUUUUGCUAAAAUAAUUAAAGUUUAUUUCAACUUACGAAUUUUAAUAAUAAUUUACUUUAACUAUAAAUAUUAAACGAAACGCGAUUUGAAGUUAAUUUGCUUAUAAGCUAAAAUUAAGCUUUAAUGAAAGUAAGUGAAACUAAAAAAAAUUGUGUUUGCAAAAAUAAACUCAACAAUUUUUUUUUGUCUAACAAAAAAAGUGUAUUUGGCGCUUUUAACGCCAUAAAUGAAAAACUACACUGAGAAAAACAGUUGACAAAACUAUAAAGUUUACUUUAUUAUGUUUAUUAAGCGCUAAAGGACGCUGUUUGUACACUGAAAAAAAUUUAUUUACCGAAUAUUUGAUAAAACAAUUUAAAAAAAAAAGUUUUACUAAAAACUUAGCGAAAAACGAAAAUUCUCUCUUUGUCCUCCAAGUGUAUGUAAUGAUUAUUUAAAAAAUGCAGCAUUAUGACGCGACGCGCGCAAAUCACCUAAUUAAAUUUAUGAAAACAUUGGCGAAAAGUGUUGAAAAUAAUACUUGAAAAAAAAAUUAAAAAAAAAUAUAAAAAUAAAUAAGUAAAAAUAAAUCGUUAGCGAUUUAAGCCCCAAACAGGCAUAAACACAAAUACAAGUGUGAAAAAUACUAAAGUAAGGUACAAGAGAAAUACUUUUUAAAGGAAAAACCAAAACGAAGAAAAAUCAAACUAAAACAAAGUGAGUGAGAAAAUAAAGCAACGAAGUGACAAUCGGUGGAUAAUAAAAUAUAUAUAAAAAAAAACAUAUAAAAAUAUAAAAAAAAACUAAUUCAGUGCAAAAUAUAUUUCAAAUAUAUUAAAAAAAAUUUAAAAAAAACUACAACAAAAAUAACAAUAUAACAGCAAUAAACUAUAAAUUGCGGUCUCCCUCUACAUAGAAACACAGAUUUCUACGAUCUUCGAAAAGCAGCGCAAAGGUUGUGAAAACUUGAAACAAAGGGCACUGAUUGUUCUACGGCGACCAACAAACAUACACACAUAUAUACAAAGAAUUUAACAAAGUUCUUACUUUUUUAUUAAAAAAAAAGUACUUUCACGCUUUCCUUGAAAGACACAAAUCUCGCAGUUAUUGUAAAUAAAGAUAAAAAUAAAAACAAAAAUAAAAAUAAAAUUUCAAAUCGUGCCUAACUUGACUGUAAAUUCAGGAUAAUUCUUCAAUUCUUAAACUUCGACUUGAUUUCCAUUGCAACUAAUUACGCUUAAAACGCAUUUAGAAUUGAAGCUUAACUUACCUUUUUUUUUAUAAACUAAACCGCGUAAGGAAAGACAUAAAAACUAGUAAAAAGAGGAGACAGAAGAGUUGCAUAAGGCAUAAUCUGAAAAGUCAGCGCACGGUUGCUAAGCCGAACAACUAAACGCGUCUAAUAUAACAACUUUCUAAAUUAAGACCGGCGAAGGCAAGACAAAAAAACGAGCAGAAAACUUCAUUGCAGAAAACCAAAAAAAAGGCGCUAAAAAGUGCACAAUUUUCAAAUAAAAAGACGACGCGCUUAACUGCUUAGAAUUUUAUAUCAAGAACUGGUAAUGAGAUCACAGUAACAACAACAACAACGCUAUCAACAGCACUUUUAAUUACAUAGCAACAAGCGAACGUCGCAUAGGGCAGACAGCGAAAGAAAGCUCCAGCGUUAUAGACAACACACACACACACACAUACACACAACGCUCACUAACACGCCCACUCUCUAGCUUAGCCUUGCCUUGCUUCAACUGCAGCGACGGCAGCGACAGAAAAACGCUACAACAACAACAGCGUCUUAAACGCUUACAAAUCAGUCGUUGCAAGUUCGUGACUUGCGAAUCAGCUGCAACGAAAGUGCAUUUGUAUUGGUUAGCAGCAGCAUACGGCGCGCAGAGAUUGUUGGCGUAAUCUCAUUGUUGUUGUUGUUGUUGUUGUUGCUUUAAAACCUACAACAACUGCAACCUAUUGAGCGCAACGAUCGCUCUGCUGCAAUUGCAUAAACCAACAACAACAACACCAGCGCAAUAGCAAAGCUUAACCGACAUUUCAAAUCAUUCGUUGGCACUCGGUUAAAAGAUCGGCGCUGCAACGGUGUAAUAAUUGCAUCGUUGCAUUCGAUUGCAUUUUUCAUAAAUCCAUUGCCGAGCGUAGACGGGCGCUCUCACCAAUACCAAUUUAACCAACAACUAGCACACGCAUAGAGGAAACACACGGAAACCGGCUCCAACAAACCGGCAAUCACCACCACCACCACCAUCAUCACAACACUGCAUUGUGAUCAUUACGCAUACGAAAGCGUGCGCUUAAGUGUGUGCGUGUGCAUCGAAGUACGAAGUCUUGUCCAUUGCACCCGAUUGCAACGAUUGAGACGAGAAAAAGUGCAUCCAUUUAAUCGGCGGAGUUCUUUUGUUAGUUGUUGUUUUGUUAGUGUGUACUCUCUUCCACUAGAGAUUUGAAUUCAACGACGACGAACAACGACGGUGUUAAAUCAACGACAACGCAGUCCGUCAAUUAGUGUGCAAAUAAGUAGUAUCCGGAGUAGGAAGACGAAUUGAGGACGGUCGGCGUAAACGAAUUUUGUGGUGUAUCAAAAUUUUAUGCAAAAAAAUAAAAAACAACAACAUAUAAGCAAAUUGGUCAUAAUUGGCAGAUAACACAAUUAAUUGAUGUGUACUUGUGGCGUUUGAAAACAAAAAAAAAAAAAAACAAAAAUCUAUUAAAUAAUACAGCGAAAUUCAAUUAAAAAAAAAACCACUCAAAUUGGUAAAUCGAAAAUUGAAUAUUGGCAACGCGACGACGACCACGACGACGACCAAGUGCAACGACGUUCACCCCUUCACCAGCAGUGCACUCAACGAAGUUCAACGCAGCGUUCAGCCGCCGUAAAGCUCACACAGCACCACAGCGCAGCACAGCACAGCACAGCACGAGGAGGAGCAACCGCCAGUCAGUACGUGCGACAGCCACCAACAGCGGUAGCAGCAAAUAUCCAUUCACUGCAUUCCCUGACUUUGCUUUUGACGAUCAUCCGUGACGUGUGUUGCCUUGUACAAGUUAUAUUUGACUCAACUCGUUGCGUUCCAGAAUCGCGUUUCGUUUCGUGUGCGAUCGCCGCGUGGCAACGUGCAGUCCACAACUGCAAUCUAAACGAUAAAGAAAUCAACGAAAUUUGGCAAAUUGACGAAUUAUUAUGGGAAAAAUAUCUGCAAAUAAUAAACGGCAAAUGUGAAAGAAAACGUGUUCAAAGGUUUUGGCAAAGAAAAAGUAUAGUGAAAUCCAGCAUUAAAACAAAUUAGAGAAAAAUAUAUAAAACCAUUAAAAACCAAACAAAGUAAACUCACUAAAGUUGAAACUAUUUUGUGGAUUUUCAACAAAUCACUGUGACUAAAAACAGAAAAAAACCCACAGUGCGCAAAGUGAAAUAGCGUAAAGGGAGAAAGGAAAUAAACCAUCAACGUGUUCGUUUAGUGAAAUUUUAUAUAUUUGUUUCAAAUAUUUUUGUGUGCAUUGACCAUUUUUGUUUUCGUUUUUUUUUUUAUACUAUUUCUUGUUAAAAUCUACCAUCUACAUCACAAAAAAAAAAUCAAUUAUACUUAAGAAGAAGACAAAUUUACAUUGAAUACUUACAUUAAAACAAAACAAAAACCGACGUUUUGGGUGGUGUUUCUACGACGUGCCUACAUAUAAAUUAGCUAAAUAGGAUCAGCAGCGAAAGUGCAUAAGGAUUACAACAACACAAUUCAAUCUACAUUAUCAAGCGUGCAUUAAGGAUAUAACAAUUCAAGAAAAUAAAAUGGCGGAAGGCAAUGGCGAACUGGUAGAUGACAUCAAUCAAAAAUCAGAAGAUCGCGGCGAUGGUGAAAGAACAGAAGAUUACCCAAAACUCUUGGAAUAUGGCUUAGAUAAAAAAGUUGCCGGCAAACUAGAUGAUAUUUACAAAACAGGUAAAUUAGCGCAUGUCGAAUUAGAUGAACGUGCGUUAGAUGCGCUUAAAGAGUUUCCGGUUGAUGGUGCCUUGAAUGUUUUGAGUCAGUUCCUUGAAUCAAACUUGGAACAUGUAUCGAAUAAGUCUGCGUAUUUAUGUGGUGUUAUGAAAACCUAUAGACAAAAGAGCCGCGCCAGCCAACAGGGAGUGCCAACACCAGCGACCACAGUUCAAGUGAAGGGACCGGAUGAGGAGAAAAUAAAAAAAAUACUCGAAAGAACUGGCUACUCCCUAGAUGUGACCACUGGUCAACGCAAAUAUGGUGGACCACCACCAAAUUGGGAUGGUCCAACACCCGGCAACGGCUGCGAAGUUUUCUGUGGGAAAAUUCCAAAGGAUAUGUUUGAGGAUGAAAUUAUACCGCUAUUUGAGGAAUGCGGUACAAUAUGGGACCUUAGACUAAUGAUGGAUCCAAUGACGGGUACAAAUCGUGGAUAUGCAUUUGUUACCUUUACAACGCGUGAAGCGGCCUCAAAUGCCGUUAGACAGCUCGAUAAUCACGAAAUAAAACCUGGCAAGUGUCUAAAAAUUAACAUUAGCGUACCGAACCUGCGCCUAUUUGUAGGCAACAUACCCAAGUCGAAAGGCAAAGAGGAGAUAUUAGACGAAUUUGGUAAAUUAACAGCUGGCCUUAUUGAAGUGAUCAUCUACAGUUCACCAGAUGAUAAAAAGAAAAAUCGUGGAUUCUGCUUUCUCGAAUAUGAAUCACACAAAGCUGCCUCGCUGGCAAAGCGAAGACUUGGAACUGGUAGAAUUAAGGUUUGGGGAUGUGAUAUCAUUGUCGAUUGGGCCGAUCCGCAAGAAGAACCAGACGAACAAACAAUGUCUAAGGUAAAGGUCUUGUACGUAAGGAAUUUGACACAAGAUGUUAGUGAGGAAAAAUUAAAGGAACAAUUUGAGCAAUAUGGUAAAGUUGAGCGCGUUAAGAAAAUCAAAGACUAUGCCUUCGUACAUUUCGAGGAUCGUGAUAGUGCAGUGAUUGCAAUGCGUGGCCUCAAUGGCAAGGAGAUUGGCUCUUCUAAUAUUGAGGUUUCACUUGCCAAACCACCAUCGGACAAGAAAAAGAAGGAGGAAAUCCUACGUGCACGUGAACGCCGCAUGAUGCAAAUGAUGCAAGGACGUCCCGGCAUUGUCGGCUAUGAACAAUUGUCUCCAUACAGAAACUUGUCGCCUACACAUCCCAAUAUGAUGACCUUAGCUGCGCCAAUGCGCCUGCCUGGUGGUCCACGAAUACCGCUGCGUGCGCCAAUACCACGGGAUUACGAAGAAAAUAUUGAAAGAAGCUCGAAAAGAAUACCACAGCAAAAUUUUUCCCAAUUUAUAGAUUAUGAUUACGACUUUUACGGUUAUUCGGAUUAUCGUGGCGGCUACAAUGAAUCCUAUUAUGACGAUUUUUAUCGCACCUAUGAUGGAGAGUACUUCUUUGAUUAUCCACCGAGCGGUGUAACACCAUUACCAACUGGUGGGCCCGCUGGUGGACUGCAGAGAACGGCCAGAAAUAAUGUGGGGGUUGGUCGUGGACGUGGAAUCACAGCCACGCGUGGCCGAGCCGUUGGGCUCCGUGGCAACAUCAACCGUCAGGGGGCCCCUCAAGCGGCGGCGGCGGUGGUGGCGGCGGCGGCGGCGGUGGCAGUUCAGCGGGGGGCCACCGCUCAGGGGGCUCAGGCGGCAACCGGGGUCCGUGGGGUGGGACAAAUGCGUCCCAACGCUCGUGGCACCCAGCACGCCAAGCCGCUACAAAAUUUACCAGUAGUCGGUAAACGUAAAUUUGAUGGAGGUCACCAAAAUCCUGCAGAUAUUAAGCGACGUUACCCGAGCGGUUUAAUCGGAAAUGGCAGUUGGGGCAGUAUACCGUUACCACAACAACCACUGGGCACCAAUGGCGAGCAAUGGUACACCGAUACAUUUCCAAACUGGGGUUAAAUAAUAAUAAUAAUGGAAUUCAUAUUAUAAUACAACAACAAUUAUAACAAUAAUAAA